CCCCAAUAAACCAUCAUUGUCACAUUUCCCUAAAGGAAUAUGAUGGAAGGAGUCUCCAGCAGAGUUAAAAAUCACACUGCAGUUUUUUACAAGAAAAAGAAACAGUCUUCUGUGUCUGAGGAAAGACCCCAGACACCAGCCCCUGAGAACUUAGAGAAUGAGCAUCUUCAGGUGUCCAAGCUGGAGAAGAGGAGGAAGAAGUCCCAGACACCAGCCCCUGAGAGUCUGGAGAAUGAGCAGCCUCACAUAGCCAAGAGGAAAAAGAGGAGGAAGGAGUCCCAGACACCAGCCCCUGAGAACUUGGAAAAUGAGCAUCUUCAGGUGUCCAAGCUGGAGAAGAGGAGGAAGAAGUCCCAGACACCAGCCCCUGAGCGCUCAGAGAGUGAACAGCCUCACAUAGCCAAGAGGAAAAAGAGGAAGGAGUCCCAGACACCAGCCCCUGAGAACUUGGAAAAUGAGCAUCCUUGGGUGUCCAAGCUGGAGAAGAGGAGGAAGAAGUCCCAGACACUAGCCACUGAGCGCUCAGAGAGUGAGCAGCCUCAUAUAGCCAAGAGGAAAAAGAGGAGGAAGGAGUCCCAGACACCAGCCCCUGAGAGCUCAGAGAGUGAGCAGCCUCAUAUAGCCAAGAGGAAAAAGAGGAGGAAGGAGUCCCAGACACCAGCCCCUGAGAGCUCAGAGAGUGAGCAGCCUCAGGUGUCCAGUCUGGGGAAGAAGAGAAAGGAGUCCCAAACAUCAGCCCCUGAGAGCCUGGAGAGUGGGCAUCCUUGGGUGUCCAAGCUUGAGAAGAGGAGAAAGAAGUCCCAGACACCAGCCUCUGAGAGCUCAGAGAGUGAGCAGCCUCACAUAACCAAGAAGAAAAAGAGGAAGGAGUCCCAGCAACUUACUUCUUCUCUUCUGAAAAAUUCAGAAACCUCCCAUAAAGCCAAAAAGACCACUUCUACCCAUAAAAAGAAAAAGAGAAGUAGUGUUUGGGAGGUAGAUAUGGAAACAGGUAUUAUCCUUGUAAAUAAAGAGAACAUGGAGAACCUGCUAGAAAGUUCUAGGAAAGAUGUGGAUAUUGUUUAUGUAGAUGUAAGCAAGGGACAAAAGUCAGCAAAAGUGGACAAAGCAGAGAAGCUGUCCAUUACUGAGUCCCAGAAACAUGACUGUCAAGAGCUACACAGUGAUGUUAAGAGCAAAAAGAAUCAAAAGCAUCCAAAGAAAGUUGCAUCUUGGGAUGCAGUACAGGGAAGCCAGCCUGAGAGCAUAACCCUGCCCCACUCAGAAUCCUUGUCUUCUGUGCAGCUAGAAGGCAGAAGCACAGAGCUAUCGGUGUCUCAUAAAAAAAUGUCUAAGGAAAAAGUGUCCAGGAACCAGGAAUUGGGAGCCAAGCCCGAGAGUCUUGGUAGCACACACACUGGAGGAGAGUUUGGGACUGGAGAUGGUGAGAGGGUCAAAGGAUCUGACAGUAUCAGGAAAAAGUCUAAGAAGGGGAAGUCUGUUGCUAUUGCCACCUCUAGUGACAAUGUAUCGCUGCUUGACAAUGAUGCUAAGAAUGCCCUCAUGGAUUCAUUAGAAGGCAGUGAUGCUUUGAGGGAAGAAGAUGUGGACUGCAGAACAAGGAAAGCAGAAACCCAGGCUUGUUCCAGUGAGAAACCUGCAGAAGAGAUGCAGGGGGUAGAAUCUGCCCAUGAAGAAGAAAGCAAUUUGGAAUCAGUCAGCAAUUCCGCAACAAGAUAUGUAUCUGAAGAUGGGAGAGAUUCUGAUGAAUCAGAUGUGGAUUUGGGCUCUGCAGUGAGGCAGCUCCAAGAGUUCAUUCCUGACAUUCAGGAAAGGGCAGCCACCACAAUCAGACGCAUGUAUCGUGAUGACCUGGAGCGCUUCAGAGAAUUUAAGGCACAAGGUGUUGCUAUUAGAUUUGGCAAAUUUUCUGCUAAAGAAAAUAAACAAAUAGAGAAAAAUGUGCAAGAAUUCCUGUCCCUGACUGGAAUUGAAAGUGCAGACAAGCUGCUGUACACAGACCGAUAUCCAGAGGAAAAGUCUCUGAUCACCAACUUAAAACGAAAGCAUGCAUUCCGACUGCACAUUGGGAAAGGCAUUGCUCGGCCCUGGAAGCUUGUGUACUAUCGUGCUAAGAAGAUAUUUGAUGUGAAUAAUUACAAAGGCAGGUAUAAUGAAGAAGAUACUAAGAAGCUGAAGGCAUAUCAUUCCCUCCACGGAAAUGACUGGAAAAAGAUUGGGGCAAUGGUAGCCCGGAGCAGCCUGUCUGUUGCCCUGAAGUUCUCUCAGAUUGGUGGUCAUAGAAACCACGGUACUUGGAGUAAGACAGAAACCCAGAGACUAAUCAAGGCUGUGGAGGAUGUGAUCCUAAAGAAAAUGUCUCCCCAGGAGUUAAGAGAACUGGAUUCUAGACUUCAGGAAGACCCUGAAGGUCGCCUGUCAAUUGUCCGGGAAAAACUAUACAAGGGCAUAUCAUGGGUGGAAGUGGAAGCUAGAGUGGAGACCAGGAACUGGAUGCAGUGCAAAAGUAAGUGGACAGAGAUUCUUACCAAAAGGAUGACCCAUGGUGGAUUCGUAUAUCGUGGGGUCAAUGCUCUGCAGGCCAAAAUCACCCUUAUUGAAAGGUUAUAUGAACUAAAUGUGAAUGAUGCUAACGAAAUAGAUUGGGAAGAUCUUGCUAGUGCCAUAGGGGAUGUCCCUCCACCUUUUGUUCAGGCAAAAUUUUAUAAGCUGAAAGCUGCCUGUGUUCCUUUUUGGCAGAAAAAGACUUUUCCAGAGAUCAUUGACUACUUAUAUGAAACCAGUCUGCCUUUGCUGAAGGAAAAAUUAGAAAAGAAGAUGGAGAAAAACAACAGUCAGGUCCAGGCGCCCUCAGCUCCCAAACAAGAUUUCCUGUUCAAAGACAUCUUCUAUUGUGAUGACGACAGCGAUGGGGAGGGCUCAGAGGAGCCCAGUGCCCCUGGUGUGCCGUGACUAUGGAUCUCCUCUUCCUCAGGCUUGUCUCUGUUCCCUUGGACCUCUUGCUGUGCAUCUCCUCUUCUGGAUGGACUGCUGGUGGCCACAUCUGCUGGCACACUUUGUAGAGGCUCAGCUGUUAGUCUCAG